AUUACAAAUAUAUAUACCUGUGUUUAAAAGUUUAAAAUUUAGACUUGUCAGGAUAUUAAAGCUUUAUCUCGCUAAUGUAGGUCAGAUUUUAUUUUUUGAAAAAAAAGCAAUAUGUUGUGGAGUUUAGUAUCAAUAGUUUUAACUUUACUUGCACUUAAACUUUUUAUGAGAGUUUUAAAUAAAAUCAAAAUCAGCGAUUAUAAGGGCCGGUAUGUACUCGUCACAGGUUGCGAUUCAGGGUUUGGCUAUUUGUUAACCAAAAGACUCGACUUGUUAGGUUUCAAUGUGUUUGCUGGAUGUCUAACCAAGGCCGGAGUUGAGAACAUAAGAAGCGAGUGUUCAGAAAAAGUAACCGCUGUUCAACUAGAUGUAUCAAACGAUGACAAUAUAAAUGCAGUAGCAGGCCUCGUCAAAAAGAAGCUUAAGCCAGACCAAGGUUUGUGGGCAGUCGUAAAUAACGCUGGGAUUAUUGGCAGUGUUGGCCCAACAUCAUGGCAAACACGAGAAGACUAUGAAAAAACAAUGUCAGUAAAUCUUUACGGUGUCAUCAUGGUAACCAAGACAUUUAUGCCGCUGGUUCAAAAAGGAAAAGGUAGAAUCAUUAACACAGCCAGCGUCCUGGGAAGAAUUGCCUUUGUCAGCGCAUCCUACUGUAUUUCUAAAUAUGGCGUGGAGGCUUUCUCAGAUGUCCUUAGACAAGAGAUGUAUGGAUCGGAUGUAAGCGUACACAUUAUAGAACCCGGAUUUUAUAGAACAGCUCUAUUGGACAGAGAAUUAUUUGAAAGAAAAGUGGAAACCAAGAUAACAAAUUUACCGAAGGACAUCAAAGAGACACUACCUGUCAAUUUAGUUACACUAAUGGGCGAUGGAUUUGAAAGAUUAGUAAAGAAAGUGGCAUCUUCAAAUGUGCAUGAGGUUGUAGAUGCAUACAUAAAUGCAAUAACAUCAAGGUUUCCAAGGAAAAGGUACCUUAUCGGGUUUGAUGCCAACUAUAUAUUCCGCCCUCUGUCAAUUUUACCAGAAUUUAUCAGUGACUGGGUAUUAAAGAAGAUUACGUAAACAACCACAGUUGAUACUGCCGACUGAUAUCCAAAAAUAACACAAUCGCAUAAUUUUCUUUUUAUGAAAGGAUUUGACCAUUAACAUAUCAUUUAAAAGUCAAACUCAUGAUCUGUGAUGCUAGUACGUCUUUUAAUUAAGAUACAACGUGAAUCAUUUUAACAUUAUGUUUAGCUAGCCAGAAUUCAUUCAAUGACUCUAUGAGGAAUUGUUUUCCUCUAAUGCAACUUUUAAACAUUGUCAUACUCUUCAGAAUGUAAAUCAAUUAAAUCCAAAUACAUUCUUCUUUUAUGUCAUGUUAAGACCAUAUCAUACCGUCAUAAUUUUGAUCACUUAAAGGAGUUUGAGCAGUAGAACCAAAAUGUUUUAUGUUUUCAUGUAUCACUUAACAAAAGCACAUUAUAUGGAAACUGUUUUCUCUUUAA